AUGACCAGCCGCAAGAGCGAAACGGCGCCAAAGGCGUACAAGAUCAUGGUCCUCCAGGGCGACCACAUCGGUCCUGAGAUCAUGGCAGAGGUCUUACCGCUCUUCGACCUCGUUCAGUCGCGCUUCAACGUCCAAAUUGAACGCGUCGAGCGUCUGAUUGGAGGGUCUUGCCUUGAUCAACACGAUUGCCCCAUCCAGGACAGCACGCUGCAGGAAGCGUCCACCUGUCAUGCUGUUCUACUCGGGAGUGUCGGUGGGCCCAAAUGGGACGUGGGCGACUCGAGCAGAAGACCUGAGACAGGCAUUUUGCGCAUGCGCAAGCAUCUCAACCUGUUCGCCAACGUCCGACCGGCCAAGAUCAUCGCGGAGCGUCAACUCAAGCUCAGCUCUUUGAAGGAUGAAGUCGUUCGCGGCGUCAACAUCAUCACUCUGCGAGAGAAUGCGGGAGGCAUCUACUUUGGCAAGAAGCAAGAGCCAGACCAGCAUGCAAUGAAAGCCUCUGACCUUUGCGAGUAUACGCGGGAGGAGGUGGUUCGACUGACCCGCGUGGCAGCAGCUUUGUCUCUCGCCAACAAGCCAGAACCGCUGCCCAUCAUCUCGGUCGACAAGGCAAACGUCAUGGCCACCUCAAGGCUCUGGCGACAAGUCGUCACCGAGACCGUCCGCGAUGAGUAUCCACAGCUCGUUGACAAAUUGAGUCACCACCUCGUCGAUUCGGCCGCCAUGGUGCUGGCGCGCGACCCGCGAAAGCUCAACGGCGUCAUCCUCACUGAAAACCUCUUCGGCGACAUUCUCAGCGAUCUCACCUCGGUCAUCCCGGGCUCUCUAGGUCUGCUCGGAUCUGCCGAGAUCGAUGCUGCGCCAAAUGCUUCUGCUGACGGUCGCAUGCCUGUAGGCGUCUACCAGCCCGUGUCCGGAUCGGCGCCGGACAUUGCUGGCAAAGGCCUUGCGAACCCCAUCGGCAUGUUCGAGUCGUUUGCACUCAUGUGCCGAUGGUCGCUCGGUCUGCCGCAGUUGGCCGACGCUAUCGACGCCGCCAUCAAGGAGAGCCUUGAGUCAGGCCAGUGCACGCGCGAUGUCGGCGGCAGCCUGUCCACGCAGCAAGCUGGAGCCCUACUGAGACAGUCCAUCCAACAGUCCUUGUCGUGA